AGCUCAAUGUCCACUUGAGAAGACAAUGUAGGUCUACGUUAUACAUGAACAUUUUAAUCAUGUUACUGGAACACCAGUUCAGAAUUGAAAGCAGCUUCUGGAAGGUGUCCGCCGAUGCUGGAGCAACAUCUCCCUCUAUGGACAAAUAAUGGUAUUACACCCACUCACAGACAAAAUGUGUAGUGUAGAAAGUUAAUGCGAAGUAGCCUAUGAUAGACACUAAGCAACACGGGUUUUUUUGGGGUUUUUUUUUUUUGCGUAACCCUACCAGGAUGAAGCGGACUGUUUAGAUAAAAUAAAAUAAUUGUUUUAUAUGUCCAUAUAGGGUAGAGCUCUUCAACUGGAGUCUAAAGCACUUUAAAGUAAAGCAAGUCUGUCUCAUUAUCGGUAACUGCCCGCUUUUAUGAAGAUGCCUUGAAGGUCAAAUGAGCUGACCGACCCCAGUGGUCAGGCCAGGGGUCGUGAAGGUGGGAGUGACUAACGGAAACAGACAUGAGGGAGCAUCACCCUCUGAUUGGGCGCCUUUGUUCUUUUAAAUCAGAGUGUCCUUUACAUCAACGGGUCUCCUGGGGGAUAUGAAGACGUCUUUUACAGUAUGGGCUAAUGCUGCCUUCACUACCGCAAGGAGUUUUUUGUUUUUUUUCUUAAAGCUGCAGGGGUAAUGGAGUUGUAAUAAUCUACACGCAAAAAGAUGGCCUGUCAGAGACAUGAAAAAGCAUGCAAACUGAGGGAGGAGGUGAGCUGCAUGCUGGUUGGUGAUGGAGCUGUGGGGAAGACCAGCAUGAUCAUCAGUUACAUCUUUAAUGGAUACAACAGCGAGUACAGACAGACAGCGUUUGAUGUUUUCUCUGGUUUGGUGCACGUGAAUGGAAUCCCAACUCGUAUCAAGCUUAUUGACACAGCAGGACAGGAGGAAUUUGGACAUCUUCGCUCUUUGUGCUAUGCCCAUGUGGACGUCUUCAUCCUCUGCUUCAGCCUGGUCAACCCUGUUUCCUUUGACAACAUCACCUCCAAAUGGAUCCCACAGAUCCGCACUGGAAACCAGACCUCUCCCAUCAUUCUGGUAGGGACUCAGUCGGACCUUUGCCACAAUGUUGAAAUUCUCAUUCACCUGGACCAGAUUUUGAACACCAAACCUGUGAGCAUCAGGAGGGCCAGGAGGCUGGCGCACAGGAUCCGAGCUCAGGACUAUGUGGAGUGUUCAGCUCUGACACAGAACAACCUGAAAGAUGUUUUUGAUUCUGCUAUAUCUGCAGCUAUCAAGCACAAGCAGGCCGGUGGAGCAAAAUCUAAAAAGCUCAGCCCACUAAAGCGCUUCAAGACUUUUUGUGAUUUUGGAUGGAGGAAAAUCUUCUAUUUAAUCUGAAGUGGAAUCAAACAGUGGAUUGAAUGAACUCAAGCUUGGUUGAAACAGUGUUUUGGUGUGAAAUUAUGCAUUUGUAUCAAAACAUUUCUCCAACAACUAAGUGUGCACCAAACCAAAGUUUUAGGACCAUGACACCCUUGCAUUGUCAUCAAUCCUAAAGGUCUUUUUGCUAUAUAAUUCUGCUCUUGUAUUUACCUUGCCCUUUCUUGGUUUAAUGUUUUAUAUUUUGAUGUUCAUAUACGUGUUUGUAUGUUUUUGUGUGUUAUUGCUUUAAAAAAAUGCAUUGCAGUGUAAAAUCAUAAA